CCCGUCGCCAGCUACCAAGUUCGUGGCUGUUGGACAGAUAACCGUAAGCUCGCGAGCUGUACGGUUGGUUGUGAGUGCAAACAUUUUGAUGAUAUUGGACGAUAAUUUUGAGGAGAUGCCUCCUACGAAAAGGGGCAAGCGUGUCAGCGACGCUGACGACGAGGACGACGAUUAUAGAAGAAAGAGAGACAGAAAUAACGAGGCCGUCAAGAAAAGCAGAUUCAAGUCAAAGCAGCGGACACAAGAGACAUUCACACGGGUCAAUAAAUUGAAAGCUGAAAACCAAAUGUUGGAAGAAAAAGUAAAAACGCUAACAAAGGAACUACAGUUCCUGAAAGAACUCUUCUUAGCGCAUGCAUCGAACACACAGAACGCUAAAUUUGAUGGCAUAGAUCUACAAAAGCUGUUGGAAGAUAUUCCUGAUGAAAAACCAGAGAGCGGAAAGAGCAAAUGAUGUUAAGAUAGAACAUGAACUUGAUUGUAGUAACUUCUAUGAAGUGUGUACCAAUCGGGAACAGUUCAUGAUUUAAGGAACUAUUAGGAUGUAAGAUAUAAAUAAGAUUCAGGGCUGAAGGAUAAUAAAUGCUUUUUUGAUAGUUUCCAGAUAACUGUAU